AUGAGCAGUACAACUUCUCAAGCACCAACAGAGCCGACAGUUAACUCGUUUACGUCUGUGACUAAAUCGCGUAUAAUACACAUUGACAGAAGCCCAGAGACAUUUGCUUUAAUCAUUCGACAUAUGAGAGGGUACUCGAUUAUCCCAGAAGACGAAUGUCAAAAUCAAGAUCUUUUAAACGAUGCUCAUUAUUUUGGCUUAAAGAAACUAACGAGGUUAUUGAAACAAUUCGUCUAUUUGAAUGUUGGGGGCACGACUUUCCGGUUGAGGUGGGAACUAUUCAACAAAGAUGGGCCGCAUAAUUAUUUUACUGGGGCGCUUAGACAUUUACACUCACCUCAUCCAACGUUAGGAGAGUCAGCACCAAUUUAUAUUCAAAGAGACCCCGAAACCUUCAAAGAUAUUAUUCGACAUUUACAAGGAUAUUCGAUACACAUCCGAGAUGAGCAGCAUAGGCAGCAAUUAUUAUCUGAUUCGCAGUUCUACUUGCUUAGGAAGUUACGUGACAAACUGAACACGUCGAUUACAAGAGAACGCCAUUCGGAAAUAUUAUUGCAUAUUGAAGAUAUUAAGCCAUCACAAAUAGAGGUCAUUGGCAAAGAAGUCUAUUACAAGCAGGACAUACCCAAGCUGCUAUUAUUAACAAUCCAAUUGAACGAUUUCAAUAUUUGUUGUCACCGAGUUAUGAAUGACUGCACAUUUUUGUUGGAGCAGGAUAUAAAACUCGUCAGAGACCCACAAUGGGCAAUUUCAAAUAAAAUUGAAUUUGAUAAGGAUUGCGCGAUUGUGAUUGGGGAAAAAUAUUUUGACAUUCAACAAUAUUUAUCGCAUUUAAGUCAACAAAACCAAUGGGAAAGAUGCAGUAUACAUGAUCAAAAUUGUGAUAUUCAAUGGUUUGGUAUAGAAAAAGCGAUUGCUACGGUUUAUUCAGCAGAACUUAAAAUGUUGUUUAUUGCAUUUCAAAAAAUGCAAAUCAUCGGCUCAAGAAUACAAGCCAAUAUGAAACGCGACUUCUUAUCCACAUCAUACUAAUAAAACUACUCACAUGAUAUUAUUGUCUUGUGACAGAACAAAAAA